AUUUUCACACAAAGAGCCUAAUAGAAAAAUAUAUUUUUUGAAAAUUAUCAUUUUAGAUACAAAUUAUAAUCGAGAAAAUAACAAAAAAUGGACGCAGCUGAUUUUAUUGAAAUGGCAAAACGAGCCACCGAAGCGAAAGCCGCAUCUUAUAUAAACGCCGAAGAACCACCACCAGAAGAGGCGACGGGCAAAAAGAAGAAAAAGAAAUUGACCAAAGCACAAAAACGAGAAUUGCGACUACAAAAGGAGCUGGAGUUUAAGAAAUUGGAGAUAACGGAACAUCUCAAACGUGAGCUCGAAUUAUCUAAGCGUUCGGCGUUACGUGGCAAAGAGGACUGGGAGGAAAUAUGUCGUGAGAUCAAAAUAGAAGAAUUGAAAACAGAAGUUUUGGAGUGGUCGAAGAAGACCCAUCGUGUGAUGCAACAAAAAGAUGAGAAAGUGCAUAGCCUACUCGCAGAUAUCGAGUCCACACAGGAGAUGCACAAAAGGAAUUUUGAGCGGCAUUUGCAGGUGUUGGAUUUCGCCAUCAGUUGCUACAACACUUUGAUUGAGGUUUCCAAACAACUUUACGAAAGCGAGGCUCAGCAACGUAUCGAAGAGUUCAAAGACGAACUGAACGCACAUCAGAAGAUACAAGAUGGCUUCCGUUUGAAUUGUGAAAACAUCAUGCAUUGCACGAAUUUGGUAGCGGAGAAUCAAAUGCUUACCGACUUCGACAUUUACGUCGAGAAGCAGGAUAACGUAGUGAAUACAGAGAUUGAGAAACGGUUUUGUUUGCGCGACGCGAUAAUUGCCAAAAUGAAAGCACUACACAAACAACUCAUCGACUUUAUCAACUCAUUGGUGAAUACCACGUUGGAUACGAAGAAAUACGAACACAUACACAUGCUGAUGGAUCGUCAGCGUAAUUUUGUCAGCGAAUCGGGACGUCUGAAUGAUAUCGAAUUUCGACUGACGCGCAGCGCCGGCGAAUUGCAACGUGAUUUGGUGCAUAGCGAAGUGGAGGCGCAACGUAAGCUCUCGGAUUUGCGUCUAGAGCAGGAGUAUUUCCUGCAGGUGCGCAAGGGUAUCGAACGAAAUAUCAAUAAUGAUCGGAGUGUCACAUUUGCGAAGCUACAAACACUCUCCGGUGAAUGCUAUGGCAUGUUGAAGGACUACCAAAAACUGCUUAAAUACGGCGAACUGCUGCUCUCACAUGCAGCCAAUUGUCGAAAAUUACAAACGGAAUCAGAGAAGGUUGUCGUUCCGAAGUAUGAAGAGCUCGAUGAAUCGGCUUUUGAACUAGAGGCUUUAAACUUGAAAGCUCAUAUUGAUAUAUCCGAGGCGGAGCUUUCAAAGCACAUGUAUCUAAUGAAAAACUUUUGGCACCGUCAAGCACUCGCUUCCACACAAAAUCUGCUCUUAGCCAAAGAAAAACGUGAACUAAUUGAAGAGAAUCAAAAAUAUAAGGAUUUCAUAAAGCUCAUGAGCAAACGCGAGAAUAUCGAUGAUAUGUUGAAAACUUUCACAGUGACGUCGAUAUUGCUACCGAAGGAGCUACAAUGUGAGAAUAAAUACCAUAUGAAAUGAUGCAACAGAAAUUA